CUCCUACUGCAGGCCUGCCCCGACUCCCAAGCACACACCGCUCGUAAAAUGCAGGAAAUCAGGAAGGAUCUGUUACGAGUCUGGUUCAGUUGUAAACACUACACGAGUUGAUAAAGUUUAUGGAUGUAAAAAGAGAAUGUGUGCUGAUCGGGACUGGACAACAGUGAGAUUACAAAGACAUUCAUCAUAUCGCUCAGCUGUUUCGAGUGCAUUGUAAAGGUCUAUAAUGUUGGAUAGUCUGAUGAUUCUGUUGCUGGGGCUUGUGUUGUCUUCACCAGUUGCCUGUAUAGAAGACAUGGCUGUAAUCUCCGUUCCACAUGUGUACAAGUGUGUGUGUGAGGGUGAGGGCUGUGUGAAUGGGACAUUGUGUUGGGGUGAGCAGUGUUUUGCGUCUCUGAAGGUGAGAGAGGGCACUCUGCAUUCUCAGAAGGGCUGUUUCGAUAAGACCCCCUGUGACACACCUACAACAUCUGACAAUGUAAUCAGCUGCUGUACAGGACACCUGUGUAAUGCCAACAUUACUGUAGAGGCACUUUCUAAAGAUGAGGAGGCCCCUACAGAGCAUGAGUGUGUGUGUGAGGGUCGGUCAUGUGUCACAGGGGAUCGCUGUAUGGGACAGCAGUGUUUCUCCUCACUAACUCUAAGUGAUGGGACACCCGUGUCUCAGAAGGGCUGUUUCAAAGUGUAUGAGCAGGGAAGAAUGACCUGCAAAACUCCUCCAUCUCCUGAUCAGAUUGUAGAGUGCUGUCAGGCUCAUCUGUGCAACGUGAACCUCACUGUGACACUUCCUGUACGAGUGGUGGAGGGCCCAAAGUACAGUCUGACAACUCUGGUGAUUGUUAUAGUGGCUCCAGUCAUUGUUCUUAUAUUCCUAUCUGCUGUGGCCAUCCUGGUCUUUCGACGUAUUCACCAUCAGCAGAUGGAGCGUCUUGCAGUACGGGAUGCAGAGUAUGGCACCAUUGAUGGUCUGAUUGCAUCUAAUGUGGGAGAGAACACACUUGCGGAUCUGUUGGACCAUUCAUGUACAUCUGGAAGUGGCUCUGGGCUGCCGUUUCUGGUGCAGAGGACUGUAGCUAGACAGAUAACCCUCAGCGAGUGUGUGGGUAAGGGCCGGUAUGGAGAGGUGUGGAAGGGUCAGUGGCAGGGGGAGAGUGUGGCUGUUAAAAUCUUCUCAUCUCGAGAUGAGAAAUCCUGGUUCAGAGAGACAGAAAUCUACAACACUGUCCUGCUGCGACACGAGAACAUUCUAGGCUUCAUUGCUUCAGAUAUGACGUCACGUAACUCCAGCACACAGUUAUGGCUGAUCACACACUAUCAUGAGAUGGGCUCACUCUACGAUUACCUUCAAAUCAGCAUGCUGGAUGCUCCUGCCUGCCUGCGGAUGGCACUGUCUAUUGCCAGUGGCCUUGCCCAUCUGCAUGUGGAGAUCUUUGGCACUCAGGGAAAACCAGCCAUUGCCCACAGAGACUUGAAAAGCAAGAACAUUUUGGUGAACAAGAAUGGGCAGUGUUGCAUAGCCGACCUCGGUCUGGCUGUGAUGCAUUAUCAAGACACAAAUGAGCUGGAUGUGGGCAACAACCCUAAAGUUGGGACCAAGCGCUACAUGGCCCCUGAGGUUCUUGAUGACUCCAUUCAGAUGGAUUGCUUUGAGUCUUACAAACGUGUUGAUAUCUGGGCCUUUGGACUUGUGCUGUGGGAGAUUGCUAGAAGAACGGUUAGCAAUGGUAUCGUAGAAGAAUACAAGCCACCAUUCCAUGAUGUAGUGCCGAGCGAUCCCAGCUUUGAGGAUAUGAAGAAGGUGAUAUGCAUAGACCAACAGAGACCCAACAUUCCAAACAGAUGGUUCCCAGAUCCUACCUUAACAUCCAUCGCUAAACUCAUGAAGGAGUGUUGGUACCAGAGCCCAUCAGCCAGACUCACAGCAUUACGAAUAAAAAAAACUCUGACAAAAAUUGAUAACUCUCUGGAAAACAUUAAAAAUGACAUUUAAACUACUUCUGUAUGGAAGAACCUUAAGGCCUUUACCAAGGUCAGUUGUUGUCUCUUCUGGAGAAGAGGCUGAAAAAUAGGACAGUCUGGGCUUUGUGCUCUUAUAGAGGCACAUUGUAUUUAUUUUGAUAUUGCAGUAGGGCACAUUUUGGCAUCCAAAGAUAAAGGUGUAGUGGGCAUUUGAAAGACUUCAGUCUUUGAUAUGGGAGUCUCUUUUAAGACGUAGGAUCUUUUGUUCAUUUUUCUGUAACACAAAGACUAUAACUGUAAAAUGGGCAUUUGAAGAAAGUGCUUUACGUUUUCCUUUUAAAGCUGCUUCAGUUUUUAGAGCUCCAUACAAAUAUCAGUUUCAUUAGCAAUAUGCUUUAUUUAUUGCACUCGAGGUUUGUGCAUUGUAUGCCGUUACAGGUGACUUUACUCAACAAAUGCUAAAUUAAGCAACUCAAAAUAAUUCAUAACACAUCAGAAAUCAACAGCUGAAAUAAUGAGUUUACUGGGGAUGACUGUAGGAUUCAUGGUUACAGGAAACCAGUUACUACUCUGAAGUAGAUAUUGAACAGGUUAAUUAAUCUGUCAAAGAAAAACAAAGAAGCUUUUAAGUUUGUCCCUCUCAUGAUGUCCCUCUGAUGUCUAAUGUAUUCAGUCUCAGAUAUGUUGUGUAUUGCUGAGAAUUUAGCAUUAUGUAUUUGUUUUUUGUUUUGUUUUAUAUACUUUGUUAAAUACACAUACUAAAAGAGCAAAAACAUCUUAAAUAAAACUACAAGAUCCUGAAAGAAAUUGUUAUUGUAUGUGCUGUAACAUUUUUGUAUAAUGAGUUUUAUUAUCAAAGUAUGAGUGUCAAAUAAUG